AUGCGUCUAUUGUUUUGUUUCCUGUAUAAAAACCUUACGUUGAUCAAAAACGAUAUCCGAUCUCCACUAGACUCGGAUCCGAACAAGAGGGCGAAGCGGGUCCGGUCAUGGUAUUUGUACGAGCAGUACAAGUCGCUGGAGAGCAACCAGCUGCAAGCGGCCAGGGCGCUCAAGGACAGGUCUAGCCAGGGCAGGAUUCUGCACCGGGAACUGCGCGAGCGCAGGGCGCGCCGAAGGCUCUGCGACCAGUUCGGCGCCUGCCAGAGCGAGUCGAUACUGCCCAGGGGCGCGAGCAGCGACACUGGGACCCUCGCGAGCGCCAGUACCGACGACUUCAUAGACAGCCUGUGCGACGUGCACGCUUCGGACGCCACUAUAGUCGGCUCGGACCGGACCUACAACCUGCCCUUCGGCGGGCGGCCCGAACUCGACGGAAGAGCCGCCAAUUACGGAGGGGACAACGACUCCGACGAGGAGAGGGAGGUGGACAGCUUAGUCCGAGAUGGUUCCGAGCUGGUCAGUGAUAAUGUCGAAGGUGUCCAUGCUCGACUAGACCUGGCGCAGCAGGAGGCGCCGAUGAUAGGGGAAUCCCUCGAAGAACUGUCGAUGGCAUCUGUCAAGCUGUGCAAGCCGUGCAGAAUGUCUGAGCACGAUGGCAGCUUUUCUACUAUGUGGACCAGAUUAGUCGCCUUCGCUUAUCAAGUGUUACGCCUGAACCGUGGAAACUGCUACUAUGAUUAUAGCUCUCAAGUCAUGACUGCAGUGUUGGCCUGCGACAUACUCUGUAAAGGGCUUAAUAAAAUGUGUAAGUUUACGCAGCGGCUCUGUUUAAAAUAUUCUUUUAAUUUCAUCGUGAAGAAAAGUAUGUACCUAUGUACAACAGUUUCGGCGCAA